CUCUCCGGAAGUAGCUCUGCAGCAGCAGCAGCGCUGCACUGUUCACUGUUUACAACCUUUAAUACCAGUAAUAAUACAGCAGCCCCGCACCGCCUGCAGCCCCGCACCGCCUGCAGCCCCGCACCGCCUGCAGCCCCGCACCGCCUGCAGCCCCGCACCGCCUGCAGCCCCGCACCGCCCGGCUCCGCUCCCCGCCCGGCAGCGCGGAGAGGCGAGGUCUGGAUGCCAUGGAGGCGGAGACUGAUGAUGAUGCACUGUUUGAGGAUCCAGACUUUGCAGCUGAUGACUCUGCCCUCUUUGCUGAACACACUACGCCCUUGUCCAGGCUUGUUGGCCCGGUUACCUGGCUCCGCCCACAGCACAUCUGUAAACAUCCCCGACUCUUCCCUGAUAAGCUUACUGAUGCCUACCCAAAGCAAGGCAUUCUGGGAGACUGCUGGCUGCUGUGUGCGUGUACCAUGCUGCUGAAGAGCCGGCACCUGUUGGAAAAGGUGAUGCCUCCAGGACCGAGUGUGUGGGGGGAGAGGGGAUACUGUGGGGAAUUUCAGUUCCGGUUCUGGAGGAAUGGACGCUGGGUGGAGGUUCGGGUGGACGAUCGACUGCCUUGUGUCAACAACACACUGUGCUUCUCCCGCUGCCACAGCCCUGCUGCAUUCUGGGUAUCACUGCUGGAGAAAGCAUAUGCUAAGCUGCAUGGAUCGUAUGAGAGCCUGUGGGCGGGGCAGGUGUGUGAGGCAGUGGUGGAUUUGAGUGGGGGCGUGGCUGAGCGCUGGAGUUUGAAGAGGACUGCAGAUACACUGGCUGGAAAGAUCUUGUUUCCCAAACUUUCCGAGGCGAUGAGGAAACGCAGUUAUAUCAGCUGUUGUGUGCACAGCGCCCCUGCAGCUACACCUGAGCUGGGAGAGUUUCAUGCUCUGAGUGUGAUGGAAUGGACAGAUGUAAAAACGAGUGAUGGAGAAGAGGUGCAGCUGCUGCGGAUAUGGAACCCCUGGGGAAGGAUGAGCUGGGGAGGGGCCUGGACUAAGAGUGGAACUGGGUGGAGCUCUCUGGAUCCCUCUUGCUCUAUGGAGCUGUUGGGACGCACCAAAGAGGGGGAGUUCUGGGUGGAUGAGAAGGAAUUCCUGCAGGAAUUUGAUGAGCUGACUGUAGGUUAUCCAUUGAGUGAGGAUGGCCACCUUCAAAGCAUCUACACAGGAUCCUUUCUAAAGCACAGCCUGCAGAUCGGGGGCCGCUGGGUCAGAGGUCGCUCUGCAGGCGGCUGUCGUAACAACAGCAGCUACAGCAGUAACCCAAAGUUCUGGCUGCGGGUGGAGGAAGGCGGGGAGGUUCUGCUGUCUCUGCUGCAGUGUGGACCGUGGAGCGUCCAGCGCAGCUGCACACCGCAGCCUCCGGGGGGCGGCAGCACUCAGCAGCACCCGCAGUACCAGGCCAUAGCACUGCACUUAUGGAGGGUGGACAAAAAGCGCUUUAACCUGAUGCGGACGCUAAACUCCACCCCCUGUGCUUCAUCACGCACACACGCAUAUGAGCGGGAGGUGGUAAUGAACACCCAGUUAACCGCUGGGUUCUACCUACUGGUGCCCAGCACUUUCCUACAGGGAGCAGAGGGGAAGUUCCUGCUUCGAGUUCACUCAGCCUGCCCGACCAAACUCAGUGAAGUGAAGGUGAGCGUACAGCAGGAUUGUGUGGGUGGAGAGUGGGAGAGCGUCAGUGUUUGUGGUCGCUGGGCUGCCGGUUCUACAGCAGGAGGAGGUCGGAACUUUUCCUCACAUGGACAGAACCCACGCGUUCCCCUCACAGUGACCUACGACCCUGGAGGCACUAAUAUUAUCGUCACACUACGACAGCACAGCCCGGAGAACAACCUGCACGCCAUUGGCUUCCAUAUUUAUACGGUUCCUGAUGGUGAGGUGGAUAUGGUAAUCUCCAGUGCGGUGUGUCCAGUGGUGAGCUGUGUUCCUCACUCUCACUCUCAGGAGGUCAGUGUGCAGUGUAGACUGCCCCCUGCUGAUUACACCAUCCUGCCCUCCACUUACGAGCCUGAGCACAGCGCAGAAUACACACUCACCAUCGCACGCAGGAUACACAGGAAAGUAAUGAGCAGUCAGGAGUGUUUGGGCCAAGUGGUUCAGGAGAUCUCCCAUGUGUCUGUGAUGGGACUUUAGGGAGGGGGGGGUGUCUCUCCGUGUCCCAGGCUGACGUGGGUCGCUGUGACCCUGGCCGGAGAUGAAAGCGAGCCGCUCUUCUCUGAGAGCUGGAGGAGCAGAGGGCCCUGGCUGGCGCACUGGUGUAGCCUUUAGCACAUCACAGUCUCGUCCAGUGGCCUGACUCUAAUGGAAGCCGAUGGCGCUCAGCCCCGCUGCCUGACGGGAGCUAUUGAAGCUGCCGCCCCAGCCGCGGCCUGUCCCACCAGAGCGAACAAAGACAUCACUCAGAGAGAGAGGGGCCCGCCUAGCGCUCGACCCAUCCGGACCCGGUGUGCCAGCCAAGCCGCGGCACAGCUAAGCCAACUUUCGGGGGAGGGGGGCGCUCGGUCCCCUCUGAAGUGGCCGACGGCGGCUGUGUUUUGGCUCGGCCCUCAGUAGCUGCCGGCCGGCCCGUUGGAGCGCGUGCUCCAGUGCGUGGCUGGAGCGGCCGUUAGCGCGCUCAGCGCUGAGCUAGUGACGAAGCCGGCGCACUGCCGACAUACAAAGAGCCAUUGUGAGAGCAGAGAACUUGCUGCUGUGACCUUCUCUGCGCUCUGUGUGCGUGUGGCCCGUGGGUUUGGCUCUUCUUGAGGGACGAAUGUGACCAGGACGAUGGAAAUGAUGAAAGAUUCUGACAGAUCACACACAUGUCUCCACUAGAGACAUACAUCCUUAUUUACUAACACUUCCUUCUGCCUCCUGAGGUCACUGAGGGGUCAGGAGUGUGUAAAGAGACAUGUUUACAGAAUGUGUGUGUGCGGCACUGUUUGUGUAUGUAAACCUGAAUAAACCAGUGGAUAAAAAUUGGAA